CAACGUUGCACAUCCAGUCUGCUUUUUCUGAUUGCUCUUCAAAGACUUGCAAGUAUAGCCACGUGGAAAUAGAUCUGCGUCAGUUAACGUCAGAGACUUGAAGACAAGUCAACCUUGCGUAUUAUCAGUGACACUUGAUCCUCUACUGGACGAUAACCACCAACAUGGGCAAAAAGCGAGUUCUCGUAAGCUACGGUGUUGACAUCGAUGCUGUCGCCGGCUGGCUUGGUUCAUAUGGUGGCGAAGACUCGACGAGUGAUAUUAGCAGAGGAAUGUUUGCUGGUACUCACGGAACUCGGAGAUUACUGAAACUGUUCGACAAGUACAACAUUAAAGCGACAUGGUUCAUCCCAGGCCACUCCCUAGAAACAUUCCCUGAAGAAUGCGCGAUGGUUCGUGAUGCUGGCCAUGAGAUUGGCCUGCAUGGAUAUUCGCAUGAGAACCCAUCGGACAUGACAUUUGAGCAGCAGAAGGACGUACUGGAUCACACUUUCAAACUACUCACAAAUUUCUGCGGCAAGCCUCCCCGUGGCAGUGUUGCGCCAUGGUGGGAGGUGAGCGAAGCCGGCACCGAGCUGUUGCUGAGCUAUGGGAUCGAGUACGACCACUCCAUGGGCCACGAAGACUGUCAGAUGUACUGGCUUCGGACGGGGGAUACUUGGACCAAAAUAGAUUACACCAAGAAGGCUAAGGAUUGGAUGAAACCUCUCGUCAAGGGCAAACACACCGGCUUGGUUGAGAUCCCGGGUAGUUGGUACAUCGAUGAUCUGCCUCCAAUGAUGUUCAUCAAGAACUCAGCCAACAGCCAUGGAUGGGUGAAUCCAAGAGAUGUGGAAGACAUUUGGAAGGACCACUUCGACUACUACUAUCGCGAAUACGACGAGUUCGUCUUCCCAAUGACGAUUCACCCAGAUGUAUCUGGCAGACCUCACGUGCUUCUCAUGCAUGAAAGGAUCAUUGAGCAUAUCAACAAACAUGAAGGUGUGGAAUGGGUCACCAUGGAGCAGAUGUGUGACGACUUCAAGAGCAAGAACACUGCCCCGGCGGGAGGAUUGAUGCCAGCUACAAGAGAAGAGGUAGAGAAGAAAUAUCUGUCAUCUUAAGGAGGCAUCACGAUUAACAAUGGUUUUCGUUACUAUCGAGAUGGCUUGAGACCCGUCAGCCUUGUCACGUGUUUCGCUUUUUGCUUAUUGCAUUCAAAACAGAAAUGCUCCGGAGGAUAUCAGAGAGAGCCCUACGGUGGAUCAUCACAGCUAUCUCUUCUAUAGCCCAUCAAAUAUCAGACACCCAUCC